CGUCACGUGACGAAGCCAUCAUGGCGGCGGCCAGAGGCCUGCCUGGCUCCCGGAAGCAGGCUGUGAGGGGCGGGAGCGCUGCUGGAACCCGAGCCGGAGCCGGAGCCAGAGCAGGGAGGGUGGCCGGGCGGCCUGGAGCCGGACGUGUCCGGGCGUCCCCGCAGACCGGGGCAGCAGGUCGUCCGGGGGCCCACCAUGCUGGUGACUGCCUACCUUGCUUUUGUAGGCCUCCUGGCCUCCUGCCUGGGGCUGGAACUGUCGAGAUGCCGGGCUAAGCCCCCAGGAAGGGCCUGCAGCAAUCCCUCCUUCCUUCGGUUUCAGCUGGACUUCUAUCAGGUCUACUUCCUGGCCCUGGCAGCUGACUGGCUCCAGGCCCCCUACCUCUAUAAACUCUACCAGCAUUACUACUUCCUGGAAGGUCAAAUUGCCAUCCUCUAUGUCUGUGGCCUUGCCUCCACAGUCCUCUUUGGCCUAGUGGCCUCCUCCCUUGUGGACCGGCUGGGUCGCAAGAAUUCUUGUGUCCUCUUCUCCCUCACUUAUUCACUGUGCUGCUUAACCAAACUCUCUCAAGACUACUUUGUGCUACUAGUGGGCCGAGCACUUGGUGGGCUGUCCACAGCCCUGCUCUUCUCAGCCUUCGAGGCCUGGUACAUCCAUGAGCACAUGGAACGGCAUGACUUCCCUGCCGAGUGGAUCCCAGCUACCUUUGCUCGAGCUGCUUUCUGGAACCAUGUGCUGGCUGUAGUGGCAGGUGUGGCAGCCGAGGCUGUAGCCAGCUGGAUAGGGCUGGGGCCUGUAGCACCCUUUGUGGCUGCCAUCCCUCUCCUGGCUCUAGCAGGGGCCUUGGCCCUUCGAAACUGGGAGGAGAACUAUGACCGGCAGCGUGCCUUCUCAAGGACCUGUGCUGGAGGCCUGCGCUGCCUCCUCUCGGACCGCCGUGUGCUGCUGUUGGGCACCAUACAAGCUCUAUUUGAGAGUGUCAUCUUCAUAUUUGUCUUCCUCUGGACACCUGUGCUGGACCCACAUGGGGCCCCUCUGGGCAUUGUCUUCUCCAGCUUCAUGGCAGCCAGCCUGCUUGGCUCUUCCCUGUAUCGUAUCGCCACCUCCAAGAGGUAUCACCUUCAGCCCAUGCACCUGCUCUCCCUUGCUGUGCUCAUCGUUGUCUUCUCUCUCUUCAUGUUGACUUUCUCUACCAGCCCAGGCCAGGAGAGUCCAGUGGAGUCCUUCAUAGCCUUUCUACUCAUUGAGUUGGCCUGUGGACUAUACUUUCCCAGCAUGAGCUUCCUACGGAGAAAGGUGAUCCCUGAGACAGAGCAGGCUGGUGUACUCAACUGGUUCCGGGUCCCUCUGCACUUACUGGCUUGUCUAGGGCUCCUUGUCCUCCAUGACAGUGAUCGAAAAACAGGCACGCGGAACAUGUUCAGCAUUUGCUCUGCCGUCAUGGUGAUGGCUCUGCUGGCAGUGGUGGGACUCUUCACUGUGGUGAGGCAUGAUGCUGAGCUGCGGGUACCCUCACCCACUGAGGAGCCCUAUGCCCCUGAGCUGUAACCCCACUCCAAGACAAAAUAGCUGGGACAGACUCUUGAAUCCCAACUAUCCAGGAUUGUACAGAUCUCUCUGUGACUGACUUUGUGGCUGUCCUGUGGCUUCUCCUGCCACUGCUUUGUGUUUGGGAGGACAUGAUGGGGGUGAUGGACUGGAAAGAAGGUGCCAAAAGUUGCCUCUGUGUUACUCCUAUUUAGAAAAUAAAUAGUUUUAAACGAUC